AUGGCAGGAUUGGUAAAAAUGGCAAUAGAUAGAUACGAAAAUAUAUUAGAUUCAAUUAGUGAUCCGAGGGUAAACGAUUGGCCAUUGAUGGACAGUCCAAUUCCAACCCUUUUAAUGGUCGUCACUUAUUUAUACGUUGUAACAUUUUUGGGACCCAGAUUAAUGGCGAAUAGAAAACCUUUUCAACUUAAAAGAAUAUUGGUAGUUUAUAAUGCAUUUCAAGUUGCAUUCAGUUCAUUAAUGUUAUGGGAGAUUUUUUUUAUUUUACGAAAAAAAGAUAAUCAAGUAAGUUUAUUACAUUUGUAUCAUCAUUCAUUAACUCCGAUCGAAACAUGGAUAUGUGUUAAAUUUUUAGCCGGCGGUCAUGGGACUUUUUCAAAUCUCAUUAAUAAUAUCGUUCAUGUAAUUAUGUAUUUUUAUUACAUGAUGUCUGCAAUGGGGCCAGAGUACCAAAAAUAUUUAUGGUGGAAAAAACAUUUAACCACAAUUCAAUUAGCUCAGUUUACAUUAGUAUUUUUCCAUUCUGCUCAGGUAUUAGUUUUUGAUUGUGGAUAUCCAAAGUUUAUAGCCGCUUUACUUUUGGUUCAUAGCACAAUUUUUUUCGCUUUAUUUUUCGACUUUUAUCAACAAGCUUACAAAAAGAAAGAAAAAGUAAAACAAACGUAG